AUGUUACAGCAGGAUCGGAUGAGGACUCAGUUAUUAUCGAGGCCUUCAGCACCUUUGACACCAAUGGAAAGAUCAAUGGAGACCGGUGAGUUGAGGCACGCUCUGUUGACCUUUGGCGACAAAUUCACAGCCAAGGAAGUAAACGAUGCCUUUGACAACAUGUACAUUGAUGAGAAAGGAAUGAUUGACACCCAGAGUCUUAUUGCCAUGCUGACCGGUACCGGCGAAGAAGAUGAUGAAUAA